AUUUGUUAAUAAAUAGUUUAAUCGUAGAAACUUCAAUAACUGGAUCAUGUAGCUCAUGAGAAAUGGGCUGCAGCUGUUAUUUCAAUGUGUUUCAUAAACAUUUAGUGUCAGAUUGAACAGGGACAUCCUCAUGUCACGCUGUAGUGAAAGCAGAAACCACUCGGCUGUGAGCAGUAAUGUGGACCUGCUCAUGAGGUUAGUCAAUAACCGUGACCACCAUCUUUAUUACAAGUUGAACUCACCCGUUUCCAUGUGCUGCUGUUCCACAGACGGACCAGAUGAAGCCACCCUCAGUCCUCUAAACCCUCCCAAGUUCAUCAGCUCCAAAGCCAACUUCAGCCUGUCGUGUUCAGCCCCCUCCAGCCCGGCCGCCAUGUUCACCUGGUACCACGACCAGCAGCAGAUGGAGGCCGGGGGUCCGAUCCUGACUCUGGAAAUCAUCAAAAGUCACACAUUUGGGAAUACAACGGGCGAAUACACAUGCAGGGCCAAAAACGAAAAGACCAACUGCAACGUCAUUUCUGCUGGCGUUGUCUUCGCUGUGAUCGAGCCCAUCUCAAGUGCUAUAGUCAGCGGUCCGACUGCCACCCUCAUCGCCGGCAACAGCACGGCCAGCCUCAACUGCCAGGAGACGGGCGGCACCGUGGAGACCAGAACCUGGCUGAAAGACGGCAACAUUCUGUCUGCUGGCGGUCGCCAGGUGUUCUCCGCCGACAAGAGGUCAUUGAUGAUCAAAACGCUGGAGAAAGAGGACAACGGAGAGUACACGUGCCAGCUCACCAACUCCGUUAACAGCGUCAAAGCCUCCUACAAGAUGGUGGUCAACUACGGUCCUGACCCAGCUAUGGUUAUGGGUGUUAAGGCCGUAGAGGUGACAGAGUCAGUAAAGCUCGACUGCUCCGCCGCCUCCAUCCCUCCCGCAAACUUCACCUGGAAGUUCAACGGCACUUUGACCGAUGUCAAAACGGCCCAGUAUCUGAUCGAGAAGGCUCUCUACAAAAACACUGGAACGUACAUGUGCGAGGCGCACAACGACGUCACUGGCAAGACCACCACGUACAUCCACACCCUGUCCGUCAAAGAGGAAGGAGCGUUGGAUGAAGGUCUCUCAGACGGAGCCAUCGCUGGAAUCGUCAUCGCCGUCCUCGUCGCUCUCGGUGCCGCCAUCGGCCUAAUCAUGUACUGCAGACAGAAAGUACCGUAAGUGCUCUGCUUUCUCUCGGUCUCGAUCAGAACACGGUGACAGACGGAGGAGCUGUGGUUUCUCUGUGGAGCUCUCUCACAAAGCUGCUCUUGGUUUGCAGGUGAACCUCCUGACUGGAGGUUGUAGGCUGCAACACCAGUUCCCAAGUGGGAUCUUGGCUGAGAGUGUUUUUUGUUUGACUUUGGCAACAUGAGAAUCAAUGUCACAUUGUCCAUUUUGUAAAGUUACAGAAUUGUCACACACGCUCGCUGAUUCCCAUCAUAAAAGGGGAGUUUCAGAAGAAAGAUGCACUUUGUUUCAAGCACACGGAGGCUUUUACUACAAGGUUGUGUUCUCUCGGAAUGUUUUCAGGUGUUUCCUUUUCCAAGUUGUGCUCCGGUCUUCCUGUUUUUUUUAAAUAUUUAUUUAGGUAGUUAAUGAUUGCAAAGCACUGCCUAACCAGGAAAAUCCGACCCGGGAGUGUUUUUCCGUCAUGCUCUUUGUCACGGAAAAAUGUUUCUACAUUUCUUUACAGCUAAAAGCUUUGUUGUUAGUUCAUUUGCUGCCGUUUCUCCAUGAUUUCAUGCUUCAGUGUUAAAA